CGCAGGGCGAGGGGCGGGGCGCGGCGCCCCUGUGCUGCCAUGGCCGCCUCCCCCUGCCCGCCGCCCGCCUUAAAUACUAUGGGGCGGCCGCCGCUGCGGCGGGAGCCGCUGCCGAGAGCACCAUGCGGGCUGUCAUCGCCUUGGCCGCGGCGCUGGGCAGCCUGCUGCUGGCUGCCUGCCUCCUGCGCCUGGGCGGCGAGCGGCCGCUCCGAGCCAGGGGCUGGGAGGAGGAGGCAGAAGGAGCGCCCGGCACGCCGAAAGUGGUGCGAGCCCUCAGAGCCCCCCCGCCGCCCCUUCCUCGCAGCGGGAACAGAACAACUGCUAAUAAAAAUGGAAUUUACCAGUUUGAACAGGCUGCAAAGUGUAAGGCGAUUCAGGACAAUAUUUUAUCAUCAUCAAUCAAGAAGAAAAGAUAUUCAGAAGAUUAUUAUCUUCACAUAGUCAAAAAGCUACAGAACUGCACGUGGAUAAGGAGACCAGAAGAAUCCGCAAAAUUCAGGUCAGAGUUGGCUUCCUGCUGUGAUGCAGCUCACAAUUUUAUUGCUUCUCAAAACAACACUCCACUGGGAAGUAACAUGAGUUAUGAAGUGGACAGUAAAAAGACCAUCCUUAUUACAGAGGACAUUUAUAGGAUGCUGCCUGUGUCUCCUCCUCUCUCGGUUUAUCCCUUCAAGAACUGCGCAGUGGUUGGAAAUGGAGGCAUUCUGAAAAAUUCCAGCUGUGGAGCUGAAAUCGAUCGUUCUGACUUUGUGUUUAGGUGUAACCUCCCUCCAACUACAGGAAGCAUUAGCAAAGAUGUUGGCAAUAAAACAAACCUUGUGACUGUUAAUCCAAGUAUCAUAGCUCAGAAAUACAACAAACUAAAUGAAAAGAAGACAGAAUUUGUGGAGAACAUUGCGGUCUAUGGAGAUGCUUUCCUCUUAUUACCAGCCUUUUCCUUCAGAAGCAACACAGCCACUUCUUUUAAAGUCUAUCACACUCUGCAAGAGUUCAAAGCAACCCAAAGGGCAAUAUUUUUUCACCCCACCUAUCUGAAAAGUCUUGCCCAGUUCUGGAGAACUAAGGGUGUGAAAGCCUAUCGUUUGUCAUCUGGUUUUAUGAUCACUAGUGCUGCUCUUGAGCUGUGUGAGAAUGUGAAGCUUUAUGGCUUCUGGCCUUUCUCAAAAUCCACAGAGAAGAUGCCAAUCAGCCACCACUAUUACGACAACCAGCUGCCUAAACCAGGUUUCCAUGCAAUGCCCAAAGAAUACAACCAGAUCCUUCAGCUUCAUGGCAAAGGCAUUUUGAAGUUGCAGUUUGGUAAAUGUGAAUCAGACUAAAAAGAUACACCCGUCUUCACUAAAGCAGAUGCCUACCUAUCACACAUGGGUGAUGAUGCUAAGGAGACAAUUUGUGUAUCUCAGCAGCUUGGUGUUGGAUUUGAUCCGAUGUGAUUUCGUGAGCAUUAAACUGCAUUAUUACAAUAGAGAAAUAGUUUACACUUGGGGAGAAAAGAAAGUGAUUUUUCACACAUGGACUGCUACAUUUCUGAAUCUUGAGUAAUCUUUUUUUUUUUUUAAUACAAAAUAGCAUUUAUCUGGUAAAUUAUGAAACUCCUUCCUUUUGUUUUAAUUGUAGCAAAGCACAAUCUCAGGAUGGUGGCAAUAUGUGACGUUCAUCAUGUUUUGCUUCUUAAAGCACUAUUAAAAUAUUUUGAUGUAAGAUCUCCGAUUUUGUUACUAUCCCAUAAUACAGGCAACAGUCUCUGUAUGGUAGCUCCGUGAGUUGGCAGUGAACACUUACAAUUAAGAACUUGAUCCUAUAAAGGCUAGCAUUUGUCUACAUGACAAAGGUGAUGAGAAGAGCAAUGGUGGAGUACUUAAUUCAGAGCUAAGUCAGUCUUAGUUUGUCCCUGGGAGCACAAAUUUAAAAAGUUCCUCAGGUUAGAGAUAGUCAAAUAGUUUAUGUGCUUUAAUUUUGUGGCCAAUAGAUAAUGCUGUGGGUUUAAUGGGAUCACUCAUGUGAAUGAUGUUAAUUUUGUGAACAACUGUGUGAAGGACCAGAGAUGUGUAAUUAUUUUCAAACCCCUCUUCCUGCUUCGGUUUCUGUCUAAGGUCCAGCUCAGCUCCAAAUGAGGACAAUAAACCAGGUUUCAUGCUGCAGUCCCCAGAGUCCUGCUAGGGCAUGACUUUGCACACACUCCUGCAAUCCCAGAUCUCUAUCUCUGCUGACACACGAGAUGGACCAUUCACGAGAAAAAUGAUCUGUACCAGCCCCAGCAGUUUUCCUGGUUUUUUCCACCUAGCAUAACACCUUUCUCUAUGUGACCACAGAUAAAGAAACUGCAUUGAGCAUUAUUAGAAGAGUGUUCCCUUUAGAGCCAACUCCUGUACCAGGACAUAUAAGAAAGAAAAUUACGGUUACUUAAUUCAAACCCCGUGCAGUUCUUGUGCUUAAAGUUUCCAUAUGGUCCAGUGGAGCAACAUCCUGCGAAAAGCAAAAGUGAAAUAAAGGAUCACAUUAACAUUUAUGGGCGCUACAACAAGGCAGUUGUUCCCCUAGCUGUAGCAGCUUUUAGAUUUCUGCUUAUAUUUUUUACUGCAGUGGAAAAAAAAAAAAGUGGUAACCUGUUUCUGUUACAAGAAGAGUUUCAGUGGUUUUUUUGAGACUCAAUGAUCAGUUCAAAGAUAAAGUGUCCUUCCUGUCCUUUUACAGUUGGAUACUGUCAGGUACUAUCUUUACUAAAAAAAACUCAUUUUACCACAGUAGCACUAAAUCCCCAAGUUUACAGAGCAUUCAAUUUUCCACUCAUUGAGGAUUAUUUUUCUCCCUCCCCCCAAAAAACAAAAACAAACAAACAAACAAACACAACUACUUAAAUGUAUUGAACCUUAUAGAAUAUAUUUUUAGGCUGAUACCUUAUCAGAGCAUUUCUAUAUUGAUGCAAUAUUUGAAAGCUUACCUUGCAGCAGUUUUAUAAUCACAGAAAUAAUCCUAAAAGCAUUAGAAUCAAUCGUUAUUGUUCCAGUUCUGUUAGCUGAGAAAUAUCCAGCAUUUUGAUCCAUUUCCAAGAUAAUGCUAUCAGAAUCUAAUGGUACCCCACUAAUACACAAGUGGACCUCUGAAUAUCAGUAGGGCUUUUAGCAGAAACAAAGAUGUCAUAAUUGAGUCGCUGGUACAGCUGUGUUACCAGCUGGUGACUGAAAAAGGCGAGCACAAGGGUUUGAUUCACUGUGAUCUGUUACGGUUCCAGCACCACACGUCCACAUUUUGUCCUCAGUAGCAGUGAAAUUUGUGCCAGUUUCUGGCCACAGGCAUCUGUCACUUGUGCAGAGAGCUGGCUGCUGUAAGACCUCGCAUCCACUUUACAAGUGUGGUGGAUGAUUGCCUACUGCAAGACCCCAAUUAAGAGGUAAAAGACAAAUUUGCUCCAUCCAAAUUUGCUCCAAGACAAAAUCUGGAGAAGACAAAUAAAAGACCAGUUUUCUCCAAGAACUCCUCUUUGCCAUAAAUCACUCGUGUGGACUCUACUGAGUGUUGGUAACUGGAGCUGUGCAAAGUGAUGUGCUUUGCGUGAUGCAAAUAGCCUUGGUUGAGAGCCACCUCGUAUUUCCUCCAGGAGUCAAAGACAUACCAGUGUUCAGGCAAGGACUGUAGCUUACCCUCACCUAGUGCAGAGCAAUGAGAUGAUCUUGGCUGUGUAGCUUUUCCUCCUUGCUGAGUUCUGUUCAGCCUGUGGAUCAUUAUCUCAAAAGGCUCCACAGGUGAUAUUUAUUCCUUCCCCUUAUUUUCUUCCAUCCUGGCUGGCUCCACCUCUGAGCUCAGUGCAGGGAGAGAUCAGUGCCAUGUAUGCAAUAGAGUUUGGGAUUGGACUGUCCCUAUAAAGAGUUUUGGGGUUGAAAUUACUGUUCUGUUUCAAGGCAAGGAGGGUUUGCUACCACAGAUGUACAGCUGGCCUCAGUCCUCGAGACUUUCUUGCCGCAUUUACCAGUGCAGACCUUGUGCCCAGGUAAGAGCUCCAUUUCCUUUGAGAUCUGCUGGUUGACACCUGUAGCUGCAGGGCAUGAAAUUUUUAUGCAAGCUGUAAGCAGCACCUGUCAGAGCCCCAGUUUAGUCAUGUGGCUGUCAUGACUGCAGCUAGGCAGUCACAGUAGACCCCAGACCAGUCUCUAUGGCCCGAGACUCUCCCUGUGCUUUGCAUGGGAGUAGAAGCAGUACCCAGCGUGGCAGGAGAGGGGCUGCAAGCCCACUCAGCCCUGUAGCCAGCAUGAGUAAAGUGCAAAGCCUGGUUUUGUGGUUUUGUGUUAGUAGAGAAGUGGAGAAGCCACUUUCUGUGUUGGAUAGCACCAUAUUACCUGAUGUCAGUGAAUAAAUGUGUGCUGUGUGCUAUGACACACCACAGAGCUGAAGUUACUGUGUGUCUGGGCUAUUUCUAUGCAGCUAUGUUAUUUAUAACACACAUAUAUUAGUAAUGAGAAAGUUUAUUGGAAUAUAUUUUAAGAGAAAUGUAGCUGAAAAGAAGAAAACCAUUCUAGUUCCCUUGACAAAACAGGGCUAAACUGAAGGGUUUAAUGGAUCAGCACAAAUGGGGGCAAAGUUCUGUAACACAGACAGACACUUUGACUUUUCAGUGCCUUCAGGGAAGUCUGCACUUGCCACUGACCUGAAGACCUGCUCCUUGAUGCUCUCAGAGCUCUCAGCCAUUUAUGUGGAGCACAAGACUGACAAGAAAUGUGUGGAGGGAUUGUUAACCUUUCCUACCCUUUCCUGCAAACACUCUUAACUCCCCCGCAGUAUAAAAAUGCAGUCUGUUAGACUCUAGAUUAAGACAUUAUCUUUAAUGUAGCUUUCUCAGGCCAUGCUCCAGACACGAGGCCAUUACGUGAUGUUGGUCGCAUCCACUCCACAUCACCGGAGCGCAGUGCUCACCCUUGGUUUUGGUGCCACUGCUGCUGCCGUGUGCUUUGUGGCUGGUCCUGCUUAAUUUGUGCAGAGGCCAGGCGAGCUAAUAGCAGCAUUUCUGGGUGGCAGAGUACAGUCAGAUUAAUCAAGACUCACCGAAUUACAGUCACUGUGGUAAAGGAUGCUUUCUCUGACAGCUGAAUAAAUUAUUUCUCGUUUAGUGCACAUCUGUGCCAGGUUAACGAUGAGUAAAUGGAUUUGGUACCUGGCUGGGAAUGUUUAUGAUGCUUUUGCAAGACCAAGCCAAGUGCGGUUUUGAUUAAGGACUCUUGACCAGAGGUUAGGAAGGGCCUCUCAGCUCCCUCUGCUUCGUAUGAGGAGUAAUCAUUCCUCGGGUUUGUGGGCCUCCAGUGCUGUCACACGCUGCGGAGUGAAUACAGAGAUUAAAUAGUUUUCUAAAGAUAGAAGCCCUGACAAUGUGCUAAUACUUCCACUGUACCUUUGCAGGGGCUGACAGUGUCCUUGCACAUGACUGGGUCACGGCAUCCUUAGAUUAAAGCCCGCUCAUCUGCUUUUGUUCCCUUUUCUCCUUUAGUGCUGCAUUUUCUUGUAGGAUCCGGCGCUGCCCGGAGUUAGUUACUUCUUUCUCCUCGGGGGCGUUACGUGGUUCUGUCUGGUGUCUGUCACUGAGCCUCUGUGGCUGUGAAUCAAAUGCUGCUGCGCUUGCAGCAUAGUAAAACACCCCUAAGAUGGCUUGGUGUGCAGUCUCCGGGAAGGCAGCAAUGUUCACACUGAGGUGCUAAAUUUGGGCUGUAGCUCUGCGGUGACUUCAGCUGUGGUGGCUGGCAAUGGGGUCGAGUCCCCUUCCUUCGUGCUGUCUGUGGUGCCUGUCUGCUCCCACACUGACCCCUGCGGCACACCGAGAUGGCAAAAAUAUAACGUGGCGCCAAAAGGAGAAAACUGGCUCAUGCCAACAGAGCCAGGGGAAUUGCAGUCACCCCAAAGGAGGGGUGAGACCAGGCAGGUGGGAAUGUAGGGAUGCAGCAAUGCCCUUCUGGUAUCUGAUGGCUCUUGGAUGGGCCCGGCUGCCUGACGAAGCCUACGUCAAGUUGUGGAGGUGACACCGCUGGGGACCUCGGGGGCAGGGCUGGGGCCUGUCUCUGCUCUCAGGGACAGGGGGGACUUGAGGGCUCUGGGUACCUGCACUUGUUGAUUAGGGAUAUGGUUUAGUGGAGGACUUGUUAGCGUCAGGUCAGAGGUUGGGCUCGGUGAUCUUGGAGGUCUCUUCCAACCUAGAUGAUUCCAUGAUUGUUGCUGCCCUUUUCUCCCUUUCCCAAUUCAGUCAUUUUAACAAGCUGCCCACCAUCACCAGGAUCAGAAAUGAUAACCGUAAGUGAAGGCUUUGACUGGAAAUAGUAUUCUCACUUCACUGCUAAGCUUGCACAAACUUGCACGCAAUUCAGCACACCUGGGCUCUCAGCCUCUGCUCAGCCCAGCGUCUCAUACAACACCUGCAGAGAGCAGGGUGCUGUGGUACUUUGAAGCAGUAAACUUCUUCCACAUGAGCUGGCUGGUUAGAUAUACCUUAGCUGAAGUAUUGACAGCCAGGUAAUCCUUUAUCUUGCAAUAUUCCUGCAGCCAGUCUCUCCCUCUCCUCUCUGGGUCUGCUCGCCCAGAGUAGUGACAAAGGGUUGUGUUAUUACCACAUCAAACCUGGCUCUCUUGGUUUCAGAUUCUCUCAUUUUAGGCAGGAAAAUCCUCCUUCUCCACAUUUCUGGACAGACAGUUUCACAGGCUGCUCUCUUGGGAUACUCCGAAGGAAUCAUUUGAGGCUUUCAGCUACAGGGCACAAUGAGUGGGCAAAUUUAUUACUGCUAAGCUUUUGUUCUGGAUCUUCAUGAGGCUCAUAUUAAGUAUUUCUUAAUUGGCUCUAAAUUACAAUAAUGUGUCAAGCAGAGCAUUAGAAGAUCUGCAGCAUACCACUAAGCAGAGGAACUGGUGUGGUUAUUUAGUGGUCUCUGUAACGUCACCUUUCAGAGCAGCUUCCUGUCCCAUGGACCCCAUCACGAGGGAAAUGAACUAAAAUUAUUGUGAUGUAUGAGAAUUUGCUGAAUUAACAUCCUUUUGUGGGUGAGAAAUAACUGCCCUUCAGUGGCCACUGUUGCAAAUACCGAUCUAAGGAUGAAAACACUCCGAAUGUGUUUCUUAAUUCAAAUACUAGAACUGCUGGAACUUCUCAUUCCUUGUUAAAUCCAAGAAGGAAUGGCAUCCUCACAUUGCCUUCCAGUAACUAGUCAAGCCUGUCUUUUGCUAAAUUCUGAGGCAGCACCAGCAAUACAGUGUGCCACAUAAAUUGCUGCACCUAGUGCUGUUUUGUCUUUUAUUUCUCUCAUCCUGCUUUUCUCCACAGCGGGAGACAGCUCAGAAAGCUGAGUAAUGGAAGUAUUUUCAUCAUCCCACCAUCAAUUCAUGGUACUAUGGCAAGAGGCUAUCAGAAUGAGUAAUGCUAAUGGUUGGGACGGGAUAUCCUAGUGUAAGACAAGAUUACGGGUUUCUAAUUCCUCACCAUUCACUUCAGUCCCUGACAAGAGGAGAUCCUUCACAGCAAGCCUGUGGUUCAGCAGCCUGCUAGGUUUCUCAGCUCUAGGCUUAGCGGUGAGGUGAUUCCCUAAAAAUCCUCUUUCUACUUCUUAGUGCAUUUAUUUUUAGAGCUUAUGGUACGGAAUCGGUCUUAGACUGUUGUGAAACUGAAGUGUAGUAGCUCAAAUUUCUGCUUGUUUUAUAUGCACAUUUUAUAUAGCAGCUUCAGAUGUGUUCUUUAUGUUAAUAUUCGUAAUGUUCUUUUCUUCAGGUAUUGAAUUAAAAUUAUUUUAAAAUAUUCAUUGUGUUUUAUUCUACCAGAGUAAGCUACAGGGAAAGUUGCAUAAUGCCACCUAAAAUAACAGUGAUACAACCCAAAGUCAUUUCUGAGGGUAUCUGACUGAUUUCUAGAAGGGAAUUUUUGGGACAGCUGCUUCUUGGAUUUGCCUUCCUAAGGCAGGGCUAAGAGGCCACUUCUGCUGCUGGUUUAGGUCAAGAAAUACAAGAAAAUAGAUGGAUGAAGAGGUUCUGCUUGGGACUUUUGCUAAGGGAUGCCAAAUGCACGUUUUCUUCUUUUCAGAGACUGUUCCAUGUGUCAAGAUGUAAUUUCACAGAGUUUCCCCAAUAGCUUGUGCCCAGAGGUUUCAUGGUCUCUCCAAAGGUGCGUUGUGCUCACUUCUGGCCCCGUGUUCUCAAUGCAGUGUGGUCCAAGCAGAGCUUUCCUGGAGCUGGUGUGGUUGUGUUCCGCGAGGGCCAAACUCUGCGUGAAGCUGCUCUGCAGCUGCUCUUUCCAAAAAGGUUCCCUCAAAUUCUCUCAGUGCUGAACUUAUUUAUGUCUUCUGAUGUGAACUCGAUGUUGUCUGUCCGCACAUGAGUAGCACGUGUGCAGCCUCCCAUAGAUGUGUCUGCGCAGGAUUUAGGAGGAGGCAAGGAAAGCCCCUCAAGCGUGUGUGUGCUUUUAUUACAGAAAACCGAGAUGAAGUUGUAUUGUUGAGUCAUCUGUUAGCUGACCUAAUUUAUACUUUGUUUUCAUGUUUUAAGUGCCUAAUGAUUUUUUGUCGAGGAGGCAAUGGUUUCUGUUACACUGCAUACUUAGAAUUCUGCACUUGUUACCUGUUCUGUAAUAGAACAUUUUUUUUUGCGGUUUCUGUUUGGAAAUAAAGACUUAUUAGCCAUAAUUGUGAUUUAU